AUGGCUGGAAUCUCGGAGGGAAAUUUCACAGGAAAUAAUCCAGGACUGCAAAUAGCUCACAAUAGUGGUCUCCUCAAUGCAAACUUUUGCUCCGGGACUGGCUCUCGAAUAUCAGAAAACGCGGUCUAUAUUCGGGAUUUGCAGGCGGCGAGUCCACGUCAUGACAAGAGUCGCAUGGAAAGCUACAAAGGCAGACCACUGAAGGACGCGUACAGUUGGGUGCUUGACAAUGAUGAUUUCAAUGAAUGGCUCUAA